GGAAUAAAACGAUCGAAUUUGUAAUGAGAAAGGUCCAAACUUUUUAUUAUUGAUGAGAUGGACAUUUUUAUUGAAAAAGUCGCCGGUUUGGAUAAUCUGAGUGAGGAUGACUGCCCUGGUGAAGAGGACGCUGCAGCAGGUGCUGUGCGUCCUGCUACCGUGUGCUCUCACACUCUGCAGCGCGCCGACACAAGGAGUGAAGGUUUGUUCUGGCACCCAAAAUGGUCUGAGCACGACGGGAAAUUCAGAGAUUCAGUACAACCUGACGAAGGCUAUUUACGACGGCUGUGAGAUAGUGAUGGGCAACCUGGAGAUUACCAUGAUGGAGCACACCAGAGACUUCUCCUUCCUGCAGUCUAUCAGGGAAGUGACGGGCUACAUCCUGGUCGCGGUCAAUGAGUUCAACCACGUGCCUCUGAACCAGCUGCGGGUCAUCAGAGGCAGCACGCUGUACGAGGGGAAAUACGCCUUGGCUGUGAUGGUGAACUACCAGAAGGAUGGGCAGCACGGCCUGCAGGAGCUGGGCCUGACUCACCUCACAGAGAUACUGGAGGGAGGAGUCAAAAUCAUCCAGAACAAGUACCUGAGCUACGUCAAGCAGGUCAACUGGCUAGACAUCGUGAAGGAUGCAAAAGCUGAGAUUCUGAUCAAGGGCAACGGGCCUAAAAAGCCUUGCAACGCGGCAUGUGGAGACCUUCCAUGUUGGGAUGCAAGAAAUGACACAUGCCAGAUCUUGACCAAGACCGUGUGCGCGCCUCAGUGUAACGGCCGAUGCUUUGGUAUUAACCCGAGCGAAUGCUGUCACAUCGAGUGUGCGGGAGGCUGCACAGGAUCUCUGGAUACAGAGUGCUUUGCCUGCAGGAACUUCAACAACUCGGUUGCCUGCGUGCCUCUCUGUCCGCAGACCCUCAUCUACAACAAGCACACAUUCAAACUGGAGCCCAACCCCAACGCCAAGUACCAGUAUGGCUCCAUCUGCGUGGCCCAGUGCCCCCCUAACUUCGUGGUGGAUGAAAGCUCAUGUGUGAGCAGUUGCCCUUCUGAUAAAAUGGAGGUGGAGAAAAACGGAUUUAAAAGAUGUGAACCCUGCGGAGGCCUCUGUCCAAAAGCUUGCAUUGGCACAGGAAAAGAAAAUAUGCAGACGGUAGAUGCUCAGAACAUCGACAGCUUCAUAAACUGCACCAAGAUCCAGGGCAGCCUUCACUUCCUGGUGACUGGGAUCAAAGGUGAUGCAUAUAACAAUGUACCAGCCCUCGAUCCAGAGAAACUGAAGAUCUUCAACACUGUGAGGGAGAUCACAGACAUCCUCAGUAUCCAGUCGUGGCCUAAAAGCAUGUCCGACCUGUCUGUCUUCUCCAACCUACAAUCCAUUCAGGGCAGAACUCUGUUCAAAGGAGUGAGCAAAAGGGGCUACUCUCUCCUGGUGAUGAAAAUCGGCUCUUUGACCUCCCUGGGGUUACGUUCGCUGCAAAUAAUAAACGACGGCGGCGUCUACAUCACAGGAAACACGAAGCUCUGCUAUCACCACACCGUUAACUGGACGCGUAUCUUGAACAGCGGCUCUCGCCCACGGAAUAAACAAAUCGACGUCAAGGACAACAGACCGAGAGAUCGGUGUGGGCUGCUGGGCCCCGGGGCCAAACCAGUGUCUGUCCUGAAAGAAGUACAGUCAGGGAGGAACGUGCGUGCCAGAUUGCAUGGCGCAGAUCAGUGUGUAGCGUGUACCCGCUUGCGGGACGGCCCGCACUGCGUGUCCUCGUGUCCCGAGGGCGUGAUGGGAGGAGAGGAAGUCAUCUUCAAAUACGCCAACAAGAAAGGCAGCUGUGAAUCGUGCCACAAAAACUGCACCCUAGGGUGCUACGGCCCAGGAAUUGGAGAAUGUCUCGGGAAAGAGCGCUUUAUUUCUGGACAAUUGACCACAGCCAUCGUACUGGGAGUGAUUGCCCUGCUCUUCGUUUCAUUCUCGAUUUUCGUGCUGACUGUUUUGUACCGCAGAGGUCUCGCCAUUCGUCGUAAGCGAGCCAUGAGGAGAUACAUGGAGAGUGGAGAGAGUUUUGAGCCUUUGGAUCCGGGAGAGAAAGGAGCUCGGGUCCACUCUCGGAUCCUGAAGCCGACCGAGCUGAAAAAGAUCAAGCUGCUGGGUAACGGAGUGUUUGGAGCCGUCCAUAAGGGCAUUUGGAUCCCUGAAGGUGAUACAGUGAAGCUUCCUGUGGCCAUCAGGACGAUUAACGACCGCACCGGACGACAGACUUUCUAUGAGCUGACAGACCACAUGAUGACCAUUGGGAGCAUUGACCACAUUAACGUGGUCAGGACUCUGGGGAUCUGUCCCGGGGCCAGCCUGCAGCUCGUCACACCGCUCAGCGCUCAGGGCUCGCUGCUGGAGCACGUCAGGAACAGCAAGAACAAACUGAGCCCACAGAGGCUGCUCAACUGGUGUGUUCAAAUCGCAAAGGGUAUGUAUUACCUGGAGGAGAACAGGAUAGUGCACAGGAACCUGGCCGCCAGAAAUGUUCUCCUGAAGAAUAAUUACACCGCCCAGAUCUCAGAUUACGGCAUUGCAGACCUGCUUUACCCCGAUGACAAGAAGUACUUUUACAACGAGGUCAAGGCUCCAAUCAAAUGGAUGUCUUUAGAGAGCAUCUUGUUCCGCAGAUACACACAUCAGAGCGAUGUCUGGAGCUACGGUGUGACAGUUUGGGAGAUGAUGUCCAAUGGUGUAGAGCCGUACACUACGAUGCGUCCUCAGGAUGUUCCUGAUCUGCUGGAGAAGGGCGAGCGUCUGUCCCAGCCUCAAAUUUGCACCAUUGAUGUCUACAUGGUCAUGGUCAAGUGUUGGAUGAUUGAUGAGAACGUCCGUCCAACAUUUAAAGAGCUGGCAAAUGAAUUUACGAGAAUGGCAAGAGAUCCGCCUCGCUACCUGGUGAUCAAAGAGGACUGCACCCUGCAGGACCCCCCCCCGGAUGAACUCGCCCAGCGGAGCGCAGACCUGGACGACCUGGAUGAUCUGGGCAUUGAGAUGGUGGAGCACGAGGAGGAGGAGGUGGAUGGUUUGACUCUGGCCCCCCACUCCCUUUCUCAGUCCAGGAGCCUCAGUCGCCUCUCAAGGAUGGACACUCACAGAGUGAUUAUUACAUCAUCAAACAUGGCUGGAUACCUGCCUAUGACUCCAGGAUUUGACAACCCAGGACAGGCCAUGUGGCAGUCGCGCUCUCGACUAAACUCAGCCCGCACUGUGUCUGAGAGCUCGGAGGGCCCGACAGUGGAGCUGGAGAUUAAUGAAGACUUUUCUAUGACCGGGAGCCUGAAGAGACGACGUCAGCGUGAGGACAGCGCCUACGUCUCACAGAGGGACAGCUUUUCCGCCGGGCCUCCAGAGACACCAUCACCAGAGAUGGAUGAAGAGGACCAGAAUGGAUAUGUGCUUCCUGGAGACAGCCCAGGCAGAGAUACAUUACUUUCCUCGUCUCGAGCUGCUCCUGGCAGGAUGAGCAAGUCUCAUUCAGCGAGCCUCCUGGACGACCCAGAUGAAGAAGACUAUGAGUAUAUGAACAAGCGGACGUGUCUAACAGCUCCUUCACCCAGGCACAGCAGCCAUUUACUAAAGCCCAACAAGAAGCGCACCUCCUCCGUGUCUUCACAAGCGACAGCGUGCUCAGCUGACACCACAUCCUCAGUGGAGGUCAGGGGGGCUCACACAAGAAGCAAUUACGACUCUGAUUCAGAGCAGCCGGGAUCUGAUGAUGUAGAGUAUGAAUACAUGGACAUCAGGGGUAGUGAAAAAGAUGCAAGCCCUCCAACGCCUGAGCCUCCUCCUCUUCCUCCUCCACCUCCUCCUCCUGCACCAGCAAGUAUGGUCAGAGAGGUGGAGGGUGAGGCGGGGGAAAAGGAGGAUGAAUAUGUGGAGGACAGUAACUAUCAUUACACAAACAGACAGCCGAAGCUGCGUCAAGCUCUUCAGGACAGGAAGGAUCUGAAUGUAGAGGGAAGGGACGAGGAUGAGGCGUAUGAGUAUGAAGACAUGGACUCCUUUGCUGCCCUGCUCCCUGGAGACGCUGUGGUGUACCACAACCUGCAUAGGGAGGGGGAGGGAGCAGUAGGGGGCACAGAGGCACAUAGAUCUGGGUUUGAACCCAAUGUCAAGGUGCGAGCUGGAGUCGGGGUCGGGGAAACAGCAGCCGCCGACAGAUCUUUUGACAAUCCUGACUACUGGCACAGCAGGCUGUUUCUGAAGUCCAAAGCAGUGCCUACAUGAAGAACGUUUUUAAUCUCAUGAACUUCACUUUGAGACAUUUUCAUGAAGGACCCAACAUACAAUCAAAAGCCAUUAUCAAUGUAGCCUAUGACACAUUUUCAAAAAUAGGAAACUGUCAUCCAACAUGUGUGACUUUUUCACAGCUUGUAUUUUUUUCUCAUGUUUUAGGGCAUUUUCCAAAACUAAUGUGUUGAAAACUUUACAGGAAAUGAACAGAUUACAAGCUAUAUUUUUCUGUUUACAUUUUUAAACGAACAAAGAUUUUUCUGGAGAACAAAUGUGUUUGUUUGGAGUUUGGACUUUUUUGUUUCGAGACCUCUUUUAAUGAUGAUAUAUGCAAUACAUUUUCUACUCAUUAAACAUUUUUUGAAUAA